AUGGAUACCAACAUGGAGGACGUUGGCAGGGCUCCUGCCGACGUGUCGCCCGUUCUCAACGAGCCUGCCACCAUCCCCACGCUUGACGGCUGGAUCGAGAGUUUGAUGAACUGCAAGCAACUGGCCGAGGCUGAUGUCCAACGACUCUGCGAUAAGGCACGCGAGGUCUUGCAGGAAGAAUCGAACGUUCAGCCCGUGAAAUGCCCCGUCACCGUGUGUGGCGACAUUCAUGGCCAGUUCCAUGAUUUGAUGGAGCUGUUCAAGAUUGGUGGCCCCAACCCAGACACAAACUACCUCUUCAUGGGUGACUACGUCGACAGAGGCUACUACUCCGUCGAGACCGUCACCCUGCUCGUUGCCCUCAAGAUUCGAUACCCCCAACGCAUCACCAUCCUGCGAGGAAAUCACGAGUCUCGGCAAAUCACCCAAGUCUACGGUUUCUACGACGAGUGCUUGCGCAAGUACGGCAAUGCCAACGUCUGGAAGUACUUUACAGAUGUGUUCGACUACCUCCCCCUCACCGCCCUCAUCGACAACCAGAUCUUCUGCCUCCACGGUGGUCUGUCGCCCAGCAUCGACACGUUGGAUAACAUCAGAGCUCUGGACCGAAUCCAGGAGGUCCCUCACGAAGGCCCUAUGUGCGAUCUUCUGUGGUCAGACCCGGACGACCGGUGCGGCUGGGGAAUCUCGCCUCGUGGCGCUGGGUAUACUUUUGGUCAAGAUAUCUCGGAAGCCUUCAAUCACAACAACGGGUUGACGCUGAUUGCCCGGGCUCACCAGCUCGUCAUGGAGGGCUACAACUGGUCGCAAGAUCGGAAUGUGGUGACCAUUUUCUCGGCACCCAACUACUGCUAUCGCUGUGGUAAUCAAGCAGCUAUUAUGGAGAUUGAUGAACAUCUGAAAUACACCUUCCUACAAUUCGACCCUUGUCCAAGAGCCGGAGAACCCAUGGUUUCAAGACGUACACCCGACUAUUUCCUCUAA